AUGGAGGACUCGGGCUCUGUUAUUCGCAGGCGAGUAUCUACCCGUAAGAGGAGCCGCCGUAGUUUGGGGGACACCGCGGCCGCUGGCCCGCUAGAGCCGGCCAAGGAGCAGGAGGAGGAGGGGACAGACGGGAGGAGGCGCCGGAGGAGCGAGAGCCUGGAGCUCCCCGAGUAUGAUGGCAGUGAAGAGGACAUGUUUGAUGGUUAUGAUAGUUUUGCAGAAAACUCUUUUUUAGCUCAAGUAGACGUUUUAGAACAAAACUACAUGCAGUCUUCUGAACAUGGAAUAAUUGAAAAGCUUUGUUCAAAAAGCACAGAGGCCAGGGAAUUUGAUGUUAUUGCCACUGACAAUGACUUGACUGAGGUUAAAACUCGGGAUUACUGCAAUUCUCCAAAGACUUUGAGAUUGCAAGAAAAUGUGACCAUUGAACCUGGAGAUGACCUUUUGCAUGAUGUACCAUGCUCACAGGCUUUAUAUGUUGAAAAAGUAAAGGACUCUUCCAAUGAUUUGAAUAAUCCAUCUGCUAAAGAAAGUUAUCCCCUAUCUUCACACCAGACUUUGAAUGAUAUACCUGUGGAACAAUUCCAGGAAAAGAAAAAUUCAUCUCCUAAGCACACAGAAUCUGAUAUGAACAGGAGAAGAAGCCUUAAAGAUCGUUUGAAAAGUGCCAUGACAGGAAAUGCCAAAGCCCAGACACCUAAGUUUUCUAAGAGGAAGCAAUUAAAAGAAGCUAUCCUAUCUGAAGAGAUUAAUGUUGCUAAGAAAACACUGGAAUCUUCUUCUGAUGACCUAGGUCCUUUUUAUUCAUUACCCAGCAAAGUUAGAGACUUGUUUGUGCAAUACAAGGGAAUUAAAAAAUUAUAUGAUUGGCAACAUACUUGUUUAACAUUGACCUGUCUACAGCAAAGAAAGAAUUUAAUAUAUUCACUGCCAACCAGUGGUGGAAAAACUCUUGUAGCUGAGAUUUUAAUGCUUCAAGAAUUGCUUUGUAGGCAGAAAAAUGUUUUGAUGAUUCUACCAUAUGUAGCAAUUGUCCAAGAAAAGAUUUCAAGUCUGUCAAGUUUUGGAAUAGAGCUGGGUUUUUUUAUUGAAGAAUAUGCUGGAAGUAAAGGGAGAGUUCCUCCAAUUAAAAGAAGAGGAAAAAAAUCUUUGUAUAUUGCUACUAUUGAAAAAGGACAUGGUCUAGUCAACUCAUUAAUUGAAGAAGGAAGAAUUAAUGAAUUGGGUCUAGUUGUCGUAGAUGAGUUGCACAUGAUUGGUGAAGGAAGCCGAGGAGCUAUACUGGAAAUUACCCUAGCAAAAAUUCUUUAUACCAGCAAAACAACUCAAAUUAUUGGCAUGAGUGCAACAUUAAAUAAUGUUGAAGAAUUACAAGAAUUCCUGAAUGCAGAAUAUUAUACUAGUAAAUUUAGACCAGUAGAGUUAAAAGAAUAUCUGAAAAUAAAUGAUACUAUCUAUGAAGUUGACAUCAAAGCAGAAAAAGGCUAUACUUUUUCUCGUCUCCUUAAAUGCAAGUAUUCUGAUCAUCUCAAAAAGAUGGAUCCUGAUCAUUUAGUUGCUUUGGUGACUGAAGUUAUUCCAAAUUAUUCCUGCUUGGUUUUUUGCCCCACUAAGAAAAACUGUGAAAAUGUAGCAGAUAUGAUAUGCAAGUUUUUGAAUAAGGACUAUCUAAAACACAGGGAAAAAGAAAAAUGUGAUUUCCUUAAAAACUUGAAGAAUGUCAGUAAUGGCAGCCUGUGUCCUGUUCUCAAGCGCACCGUUCCAUUUGGAAUUGCUUAUCACCACAGUGGCCUUACUAGUGAUGAAAGGAAAGUCUUAGAGGAAGCUUAUGCUACUGGAGUCCUUUGUCUUCUGACUUGUACUUCAACAUUAGCUGCUGGAGUGAACCUACCUGCACGAAGAGUUAUUUUGAGAGCACCCUAUAUUGCAACACAAUUUUUAAAGAGGAAUCAGUAUCAACAGAUGAUUGGCAGAGCUGGUCGAGCUGGAAUAGAUACUGUUGGUGAAAGUAUCCUUAUAUUACAAGAAAAAGACAAGCACCUGGUACUGAAUUUAGUAAACAGUCCUCUGGAGAACUGUUAUAGCCAUCUUGGGCAAGAAAUCACAAAAGGAAUUCAAAGUUUACUCCUGUCAUUGAUUGGGCUAAAGAUAGCAAAAAACCUUGAAGGCAUAUAUCACUUUAUGUGUGCUACAUUUUUUGGCAUUCAGCAAAAGGGUUUAUCUGAAGAAAAAAGCCUCUGGGAAAUAUGUAGGAAAGCACUGGCAAGUCUAAUGGAAAAAGGACUUCUACAAAAAAGAAGUGUUUGUAAGAACGAAGAAGAGUCCCAAUGUGAAUUACAAAUCACAAAGUUAGGACAGGCUUCUUUAAAAGGUACUUUAGAUUUGGCUUAUUGUGGCACUCUUUACAAAGACUUAAAGAAAGGCCUUGAAGGACUUGUACUUGAAAGCUAUCUUCAUCUAAUCUAUCUAACAACUCCAUAUGAUAUGGUUUCUCAGUGUCGGCCAGAUUGGAUGAUAUAUCUCAGACAAUUUGACCACCUCAAUUCAGCAGAACAAAAGGUUGCGGCAAUUGUUGGAGUAAGUGAAAGCUUUAUUACAAAAAAAGCCUCAGGUCAAGCUAUUAAAAAGGAGGUGGACAAAAACAUUGUCAACAGGCUCUACCUCUCCCUUGUUCUUUUUACAUUGCUCAAAGAGACCAAUGUCUGGAGAGUAUCAGAAAAAUUUAAUAUGUCUCGAGGAUAUGUACAAAAUCUUUUAAGUGGAGCUGCCUCAUUCUGCUCUUGUGUACUACAUUUCUGUGAGGAGCUAGAGGAGUUUUGGGUUUAUAGAGCCCUCUUGACAGAACUUACCAAGAAACUGUCUUAUUGUGUAAAGGCAGACCUGGUCCCUCUCAUGGAAAUAACUGGAGUAUUAGAGUCCAGAGCAAAACAGUUAUAUGAUGCGGGCUAUAAAACUGUUGCACAUUUAGCUAAUGCAGACCCUGAAGUGUUGAUAAGAACUAUUAAUCAUUUAUCACGACGUCAGGCCAAACAAAUUGUUUCAUCAGCAAAGAUGCUAUUAAAUGAAAAAGCAGAAGCUCUACAGGAAGAAGUGGAAGACCUACUGAGGCCACCCUCUGAUAUUCCUGGGACUACAACCCCAUCUUCUAAGAACCAUGAACUCACCCAAUAACAUUUUCCCAUUAGUUUUUUAAAAAAUAAAUGUGGUAUUAAAAAUUUUUUGUUCAUAGAUAAUAUAUUUUUAUUGCUUAUUCAAAUGUGGUUGUCAUUUGAGUAUACCUCUCAUCUAUAGUAUUGUAAUAGCCCUUUAGCUCACCUUCCUACUACUAAUUUCUGCUCCUUCCUGUCCAUCCACCACAAUACUCUAGAAUAAUCUUUCUUUUCCUUUUUCAAUAAUAUAUUUUUCUAAAUAUAUGUAAAGAUAGUUUUCAAAAUUCAUCUUUGUAAGACUUUGUGUUCCAAAUUUUUAUUCCUCUUUCCUUAACUUUCCUCCUCCCCAAGACAACAAGCAAUCUGAUAUAAGUUAAAUAUGUACAAUUCUUUUAAAUAUAUUUCCAUAUUUGUCAUGUUGUACAAGAAAAAUCAGACCAAAAGGGAAAAAAAACAUGAGAAAGAAAAAAACAAACAAAACCAAAAAAAUUUUUAAAGGUACAAAUACUAUGCUUCAGUGUACAUCCAGGCUCCAUAGUUCUCUCUCUGUAUGCAGAUGGCAUUUUCUAUCCCAAGUUUUUUGGGAUAGAAAUGCUCCAUCACUGUUGUUGAGAAGAGUCAAGUCCAUCACAGUUGAUCAAUCCAUAAUCUUGUUACUAUAUUCAGUGUUCUCUUGGUUCUUCUCACUUCACCUACUAUCAGUUCUUAUGGUCUCUCCAGACAUUUCUGCAAUCAACUUGCUCAUCAUUUCUUAUAGAACAAUAAUAUUCCAUUAUAAUCAUAUACCAUAACAUAUUCAGCCAUUCUCCGAUCGAAAGGCAUCCCUUCAGUUUUCAGUUCCUUGCCACUAUAAAAAGGGUUGUUACAAACAUUUUUGCAUACAUGGGUCCUUUUUCCUCUUUUAUGAUCUCUUUAUGAUGCAGACCCAGUAGUGACCCCGCUGGCUCAAAGAAGUAUGCAGAACUUGAUAGCCCUAUGAGCAUAGUUCCAAAUUGUUCUACAGAAUGGCUGGAUCAUCAGAAUAAUCUUCUUAAACAGGACAUCUAGUCAUCACUUCCACUACUUAGAUGCUUCCAUGGUCCCUUUUUGCUUACAAAAUGAAAGAUAUAUUCCUUUCUUAUUCAGGAUUUCCCAUAAUCUGAUCUCAUCUAUCUAAUUCUAACCUAGCCUAAUCUUGUAUAAUGGGAGAUUAUCAAAUAAUAGUAUUCUAUACAUAUCCUACCUUUCAGCCAAACUAGAUGAAUUGUCAUUUUCUGACAUAGCCUGUGCAUUUCCACCUCUUUACCUUUGCUCAGGCCAUUUUCCUCUCUCCUGGAGUAUUGUCUGCCUAUCAUUCUUUAAUACAUAGUUGAAUGGCAUCUCUUCUAGAAUAAUAAAUCACACAAUGGAGCACUUUUGGUAAUGAAAUUAUUUAUAUGCCUUUAUCAUCUCCAUUAGACUGUAAGCUCCUUCAGUUCAGGGACCAUUUCAUACUCAUCUUUGUCUCCUAUGCAAUAAUUAGAACACAACAAAACUCAAUAUUUGUAACAUUUAUCACUAUGUAUAUAGUUGUAUGUAUAUAGGUAUAUAGUAUAUAAUUUGUAUUAUAUUUUCUCUUUCACAGCUAAACCUAUAGGAAAAGCAGUCUAACCUAUUAUCAGCAUUUUUCAAAUCCAUGCAGCUAAGCAAUGGUUAGGACCAUUCUGUUGAAAUUACAUCUCAGUCAAUUUCAGUUCCUCAACCUGCUCAUUUCUCAUGAUUUCCACCCUGUCUCAGGCACACACAAAGAUAGCCAUAGGUAAAAUCUUGCCAUCACUCACAAAAUGCACCACCUCUAAGAAUUCCAAAAUUACUUUAUUUAUCUCUAAUGUUUUGGCUUUUCUUUGCUCUCUCUCUCUCUUUCUCUCUUUCUCUCUGUCUUCUUCCCUUCCUCUCUCCUUUCCUCCCCUCUCUCACUUUUUUAUCAAACCCUAUUCUUCACUUACACUGUGACUUCUAAUCCUUUGACCUAUGAAUUUUCUUCUAGGCCAUUUCCUCUUCACCCUCUUGUUCAACUCUAUAGUUUCCUUGAGUUAUUGGCUUACCUUAUUUCAGCAUUUGCACCCCUGCCAAACCUCAGCUUUGAAUCACUUCUAAAUACAUGUUGCUGAUUAAAAGUGGGGAAAAUUACACCAUUUUUCUGAUUGGGUCCAUUAUAGAAUUAUAUUGCACAACCCCAAUUGCAACUACUAGGCAAUCCUACUAAACCUUCUUCAUCAAUUCACCAUCCCAUUCUCCAUAAUAAUUUUUCCAAACCUUGUCAUCCUUCUUAAACAGCUUUCUCUCAACUGAGAAUCUUAUCUCAUAUUUUGCAGAGAAAAGAUCUCUCUUUUCUUUUCUCUUCCUUAUCUCAUAUCACUUAUUUGCCUUAUGCCAUUAUUUCCUUCAUCCCUGACUCACAAGAUGAAGUAGACUUACACUUCUCCAAGACUGUUCAAACAAUCCCAUUCUAUCCCAUCUCAGAUUGUCCCCUUUUUCAUUCACUCUUAUCACUUUCAAUCUCUAUAUCCACUGGCAUCUUCCCUAUUGCCUACAAACAUAGUCAUGUUUCCUUUUUCUCAAAAAUGACUAAUUUAAUUCUUCCUCUCCACUUUCACCUAUAUAUUAUCUGCCUUUUGUAAUUAAAUUUGAAAAAACUAUCUAUCUACAAUAUAUGCCUCCAUUUUCUCUCAUUCUCUUCUUCUGAAUUCAUCAUUUCAUGAAAACUGCUUUCUACAACUUUUCCAGUGAUCUCUUAAUUGCCAAAUCUAGUGGCCUUUUCUCAAUUCUCAUUCUAGAUCGUUCCACAGCCUUUGACAUUUGAUAUAGCUUCUACCUCUGUGAUGACAGUUUUGAUACUUCCUUAUUUUAAUGAGCAUUUAUUUAUUCAGUUCUUUAUGAUUUGAUGGGGAUUAAUGAUUGUAUUACUGAAUUUAGCAGAAUAGGAUUAAAUUUAAAUUAUUUAUGUUAAUGAUGUUGGAUAAGAGCUGUGAAUAAUUAAUCUACCAAGUAUUUAUCAGCUGAAUUUAUUUUAUUAGUCACACAUGUAAUAAGAAUGUAAUUGCUGUACUCUUACCCCUUUCUCCCAUUGCCCUGCUCCCUCUGUAAUAAGGUUCAUUUGCUGGUGCAAUAUCUCCUCACUCCUGUGAACCACUAUAUUGAUUCUCUUGUGAUCUUUGGUUCAAACCCACAACAUUCUUGGAUCUUAGGAUAAUGUUGGUCAAACGCUAGUGUAUUGUGACUCAUGGAAAGCUUUGAGAUGUUAAAAGAGUCUUAUGACCUUUGAAAAGCCUCUGCUGAGAUGCCCUGGAAUUGACCUGGGAAAGGCCUAUUGACAAAGUGGUUAUGAUUGAUGGACAUUUCUCUUAGACAACCUUGUAUUUCCCUACUUCUAGAAUCGACCAGUCAUCAGUGAAUUACAAAACGUCUUCCUUUUAGUGCUUUCUCAAGUGUAUAAAAGGAAAUAGCAUCCAAGGAGAAGGAUCCCUAAUCAAGAGAAGGUCUUGGGCCUCAAUCUCAGUAACUUUUGUUAAAGAUUGGAAUUUUCUGGUCUAUUAUUCCCAGGGUUCUUAUGAGAAUCAAAUGGGAAAAAAUGAUUCUCAAAUCUACCGAAGCUGCCUCAGAUUUUAUGUUGAUCUUCAGUCCACGGGCUCUUAACUGCUUAUCAGAUAUCUCGAACUGGUUGUUUUGUAGACAACUUAAAAUGAAUAUGUCCAAAACUGAAUCCAUUGAGUCAUUAUCUUUCCUGCAAAACUGUCCCCCGCCCCCUCUUACCUUUCCUAUUACUAUAGAAGGUAACCCCAUAUACUCCUAAUACCUCAAAUUUACAACCUAGGAGCCAUUCUGAUUUCUUCACUGAAUCUCACUCUCCGUAUUGUGAAAAAUAACUCCAUUUGACUUAGAAGGGGUGAAGUUAAGCCUUUAAUUACACAACUGCAGAGAUGGGUAUCCUAUAGAAUAGGAAUCUUUGGAAUCAAUACUUGUCUUUUUUUAAUACAGGAAAUGCAUUGGCUGAAUACCACACAACCUAUGAGAAGUGCAUAAUCCACCCCUAAUCACAUCAUUACUUUCCCCUUAGUGUUCACCUUAUUUGUAUGUAAUUCAGUCCUUUCCUUGAUUCCCUAUUGGCUGAUACUGUCCCAUCUGAAGAGUCCAAUUUUCCCACUGAGUCUGAGUUUACACUACUGAGGGCAUUGCUAUACCUUCCUUCCAAAUCUUCACUUCUUAAUUAUAUUUUACAAUGUGUUUCUUAUUCUAAGUCCCCACCCAUGAUUAUAUUCAUUUGCAAGUCUUGAGUCCCCCACCUUGGAUUUUAUUUUCCUUUUAUUGAUUUUAUUUCCUUGUUCUGCAUCUUAGCAAGGUUUCAGUUUUAUUUUUCUAAUUUUUUGUGUCAUUUCUCUCUGUAUUUCUCUAGUUUUUAUAACUCAGGGGAAACUAAAUCCCCAGCCAAUUUUCCCAAUAUCCAAUCUCUUGCCAAGGUCUCUAAGUUUCACCUUUGAGACAUUUCUCAGAUAUGUCCCUUUGUCUCCUCCAGUUUGUUGCAGGUCUUUAUCAUUUCAGGAAUAGACUGUUACAAUAACCUGUUGGUGAGUCAGCCUGCCUCAUUUUUCUCACUCUAGUCUGGCCUCUAUUCAUCCAGCAAAAUGAUUUUCCCAAGAUAGAUGCAGAUCUGACUAUAUCCUUCCCCAUUCCCUUCCCCCACCCCACUUCAGUGAAUUUCAGGGCCUCUGCUACCUUCAGGAUCAAACACAAUGUCCUCUACUUGUCAUUCAAUGCUCUUCAUAACCAUCUUCCAUCUGCCUUUCCAUUUGCCUGCCACUCACUCCCUGCUACUUUGUGACAGUGACACUGGCCUUCUGGCUGUUCCAUGAACAAAACACUACAUAUUCCAGCUCUAGGCAUUUUCCCUGACUAUCCUCUAUACCCAGAAUGCUCUCCCUUCUCAUUUCUACUUUCUGGCUUCCGUGGCUUUCAUAAGUCCUAACUAAAUUCCCAUUUUCUACAGGGAACCUUUCCCAGUCUUAUUUAUUCCUUAAACCUUCCUACCUUAAUUAUUUCCUCUAACCUUCCUACCUUAAUUAUUUCCUCUUUAUCCAGUAAAUAGUUUUUGUGUAUUUCUUUGCUUGUUGUGGACUUUUUGAGAGCAAGGACUGUCUCUCCCCUUUCCUUUCUCCACCCGCCUCCUUUUUAAAAAUCCCUAACAGACAGUGCACAUAGUAGAUACUUAAUGUUUUUGAUUGAAUGAAAAAGAUCAGCAGUCCCUUAGAAAUCACUCUAAUGACCCAUUCCACAAUUAAUUUAAUCCUCCUCCUCUCCUACUUUAUUGAAUUCUGUAAACUCUAUUCUUUGACUUUUCUUCCAUCUUUUUGUCAGCAUCUUAAUCUCCUUUUCUUGCUUCUCUUGUCUCCAAAAUAUAGAUAUCCUUAAAUAUUCUGUCCUUGGCUUUUUGCCUACACAUUUAAUUCUCUUGUAGAUUCAUUGAAUACUAUGUUCUUGAGCCAGACCUGGUGCUCUAAUUAAAGCUGGGUUUGAUAUUAGGACAGAAAGAAUGAGACAUAGGUCACUAAACAGUUCAAACAUUUUCUCUGUCAUAACAAGGAAAGGAAAUGAAGUGAGGAUGGUAUAUUGCUUCAUCUAAACAUGAUGGCUUCUGAUCUUGGCCAUGCUCAAAAUGGUGUAUUCAGGAAACUAGGAAACAAAUCAAGAUCCUAAGUCAUUUGUUUUAUUCAAAAGCUUUGAGGGAGUUUUAGUACCUCUCAAGCCUAAUUUCUUUAUGAAAAAACCUUCGAAAAACUAGCCUAGCCUACCUAAUGGGACCUUAGCAAAUAAUGUUCUUGUCACACUGUGACUUUAGUUAUCACCUUUGUACUGCUUAUGUUCAUUAUCUACCUCAAGUCUUUCUAAUCCCUCUGAUCUCUAGACCUAUUUUUCAUCUGGCUGCUAAAUCACCUUACCUAGAUAUUUUCCACCACUUCAAAUCCAUCAUGUUUUGAUCUGAAUGUUCAUCACUGUGAUACAAUUCUUUUAUCCCACCUACAAAUACCAGCUAGUGAAUCUGAUGUGCCCCUAAAUUUCUUGGAAUACCAUGAAACCCUAGGGUCUCAUUAGUGCACCAACAAAUCUAAACCUAUAAAAGAACUAUAGUUUUCUUUUAGAGAGAGAUUUAGUAGGUCAUCAAUAUAAAGAGUGAAAACAUAUUGCUCUCAAGUGAUAGCUACAUUUCAGGCUAAGGCAAUACUCUAAAUACUGAUGCCCUUAAAUCCAAUUCAGUCAUAAAAAGAUAUUGAUAAUGUCUACUUUAGAGUGCCAGUUAAUGUUCAAAUUCUGAAAGCUCUAAAGAAAAACAUAAAUUUUGGGAACCUUGAUGUUUACCUUAAAAAAUCUCCUAUGUUGUGUAGGUGGAAUAUAUGGUCCAACAAUAAAAAUUGCCUUCCAUUUGAUUUAUAUUGUUCUCAGUGGAUGGGAUAGCUCAAUUUCAAGCAAAGGCAAUGAUAUUAUUUGAGGGAACCAACUUAUUCAGGGUCAAUAUGUGUAUAUAAGAACUUUGAUCCAAUAUCCAGGGGACUGCUUCAGUUUGUUAGAUUAUUGGCUAUAACUGGAAUCCUGGAAACCUAGCAAGAGAAACCCAUUGUUACAUUGAAGAACCCAGAUAUGUAAUCAUUCAUUGAGAUAUGUGAAUGAUUUAAAAAUAAAAAUACUUCAGUCAGCAUCAGUUCACGUAGGUCUUUACAGAUUUUUCUGAAAUCAGGCCAUUCAUAAUUUUUUAUAGAACAAUAAUAUUCCAUUACAUUCAAAUACCAUAACUUAUCCAGCCAUUCUCCAACUAAUGGGCAUCCACUCAGUUUCCAGUUUCUUGCCACUAAAAAAAGGGCUGCCACAAACAUUUUUGUAUAUAUGGAUCCUUUUCUCCUUUUUAUGAUCUUUUUUAGACUCAGUGAAGACACUGCUGAGACAAAGCGUAUACACAGUUUGAUAACUUUGGGCAUAGUUCCAUAUUGCUUUCCAGAAUGGUUGGAUCUGUUCACAACUCUACCAACAAUGUAUUAGUGUCCCACUAAUGAACUGUUUUAGAGUGCUAAAUCCCUUUUAGGAGUUAAGGGGAUGCUCCCACCUUAUGAAGUAUUCCCUUUCUCCUGGUUAAUUAUGAAUUUCACCAGGGAACUUGUCUUUUCUAUUGUUGUGUUAAAACUUUCCUGGCUAACUUUAUGCUCUCUCAACUCUAUUUCAUAUUUACCAUUCCUAGUGUCUAUUGUAUCAUUUCAUUUUGUAUGUAAUCCCUUCUCUUAAAUAAACCUGUCUUUUGCCAAAGAAAAA